AUGGUCACCCUCAAUGUCAUCGGCCUGAAUUGUGGGACAAGCAUCGACGGCAUCGAUGUUGCCCUCUGCCGAAUCUCAUCGGUGCCGGCGUCCGGUGAUGUGAAGAUAGAGCUGCUUUCGUAUACCGAGAUUGCGGUUGAUCCCAGUCUCCGUGCGACAGUACUCCGUCUCUGUCGUCCUAACCAGGAGGACGCUGCCACCUCCAUGGCCGAAGUCUGUGAUCUCAACUUUGCACUUGGCCGGGAGUUUGCUCGGGCUGUUGAGAAUUCUGGUAUUGACCUCGAAAAUGUCGAUGUUAUUGCUAGCCAUGGCCAAACCUUGUGGCACCAACCUUUAGGCGAGCAGCGAUCUACGCUACAGAUGGCAGAGCCUGCUGUGAUUGCCCAGAAGACUGGCAAAACGGUCGUCAGUGGCUUUCGAGUUGCUGAGUUGGCCGCUGGUCGUCAAGGAGCCCCCUUAGCUGGGUUCUUCGAACACGCACUGCUUUCCCACCCACAAGUGACACGAAUUAGCCAGAACAUUGGAGGGAUAGGCAAUGCAACUAUUCUUCCCGCAACCAGCAACAUCCAGUCGACGUACCUGGCUUUUGACACGGGCCCAGGGAAUGUCUUCAUCGACGCUGCAAUGCGCAUCCUCACGAAUGGGGAACAACAUUACGAUCACAAUGGUGCUCUUGGUGCAAAAGGCGAGGCUGACAUUGAUGGCGCCGUUGUUGAUGACUACCUGACCAACGAGCCGUACUUUCAACAAAAGCCACCAAAGACUACAGGACGGGAGCUAUUCUCCGACGAUGUCGCUCGUUCGAUAGUAACAAAAAUGAAAAGCGCAGGAAAGUCCCCAGAGGCAAUUAUUGCCACUAUCACUCGCAUCACGGCCGAGUCGAUCGUCCGUGCCUACGAGCAGUUCGUUGUUCCUCUCCUUGAGGGCGAUGGAAUCAUUGACGAGAUCUAUAUAUGUGGAGGCGGGGCUUACAACCCCAAUAUCAAGAAGCAUAUUCAAUCUCGCCUACCAAAGAGUCGGGUCUCGAAUCUCGAUGCUGCACCCAGCGAGUUAGACCCGAGCGCAAAAGAGGCUAUCCUGUUUGCGCUCCUAGGGUUCCUUGCUAUCUGUGGGCGUACAGUCCCGGUAGCAGCAGACGCUGAGAGUACACACUCAGCCAUCAUGGGAGUAGUGACGCCGGGACAGAACUAUCAUGACGUUUUACAAAGAGUGGUCGGGAAUCCUGACUUCCUAAGCAAACUCGUCCUCGGAAGGGUCAUAAUGUGA